GACUCAUUUUCUACUUAUUUGAAAAGUGUUUCUAGCUAUUGGCCUUGGAGUAUGGUCUAAAUGCCGAGUCUUCUAGCCUACCCUUCAUCACUGCAUAGUUAAAAAAGCCUACGAAUUGUUCUUGUCCAAUGUAAACGCACCCCUAGAAGAGCCUCGCCGUGACGCUCAAAUUCUCCGGGCCCUCGCUGCGCACCUUUCAAAAUAGAUUGGUCCAAGUGUCGGUGUUCAGUCAUUGUUGAAUGGGACUAGGAUCAAGUCCCUUAAAGAUGAGCACUUGGUUAACGAUCUGGGUCUUGAUGCUCGGCUUUGGCACCGUUGAGCUGAGCUUGACAUCGCAAAACAACACAAGGUCUGGCAAAGCUUUCUCCAUCUUUCAAAUCAUCAGAUUCAAGAACGAGCCUUGUGGUGGUUCUGCGUCAAGAAAUGGAACUUGCUACACAUCUGAAGAAUGCGCUUCUAGAGACGGAUCUGCUAGCGGAAGUUGUGCCCAAGGGUUCGGAGUUUGUUGCAUUUUUAGUCUGGGUUGUGGCGGCACUUCGUCCGAAAACUGUACCUAUCUGCAGCAAAGUGGUUCCUCUAACCCAUGUACAUUUACGAUCUGUAAAUGUUCCUCCAACAUUUGCCGGAUUAGACUGGACUUUGUGAGUUUUUCGAUAGCUGGACCGUCUGUGGGAACUACUUCUGUCAGAGCAUUCUCGAUGAAUGGAGGAGCCAUUGGAGACUGCACCACAGAUACCUUUAGUGUUACUGCUCCGGAGAGUGUGUCGUCACCGGUGAUUUGCGGCUUCAAUACCGGCCAACAUAUGAUUUUGGACGCUUCUGACGGUUGUCAUCUAGCUGCAUUUGAUUUCGGUGGAACUGGAACAACUCGCAUGUUUGAUAUCAAAGUAACACAAUACACCUGCGGAGAUGAAAAUGGAGGGCCCCCGGGAUGCCUUCAAUACUUCACGGGAAAUACUGGAAGAUUCGCUAGUUUCAACUUUCCUACGUCGUCCAACAGUAUUUCCAAACCCGUCCUUUCCGCGUGUUGUUCAAGACUGACGCCGACGAAAUGACUGAAAGAAUCACAGCAGUGGUUGCAAAUGAACAAGCCGGCUUUCCGGGGGGGAUUAUUGGAUUCCAUCUGAACUAUGCUCUUCAAGAUUGCUAAAUAGAUUACUCACCUGUCAUUUGUAACUUUGAUGUUGUUAGACCUAACUGUGCCGUGUUUUGUCAAAAAUAUAAUUGUGACUGACUGUUGG